AUGAAGGGUGUGACGAGGUUUGGGAAAAAGGGCAAGUUGAGUCCAAGGUACAAUGGGUUGUUUGAGAUUGUCCAGCGUAUUGGUGAGGCAACUUAUGAGUUGGCUUCGACACCCACUCUAUCAGGUGUUCAUCCCGUAUUUCAUAUUUCGAUGCUCAAGAAGUACCAUUUGGACAGUUCUCAUGUGAUUCAGUGGGAUUCAGUGUUACUUGAUCAAAAUCUGACCUUUGAGGAAGAGUCGGUUGCUAUUCUAGACAGGCAGAUUUGGAAGUUGAGGUCCAAAGAAAUAGCUUAUGUGAACGUUCAAUGGAAGCAUCGUCCGAUCAAGGAGGCUACUUGGGAGGCUGAGUUGGACAUGCGGAGUAGAUACCCCCACCUAGUCAUCGAGACAGUGCAGAUACAGAUUCGUGCUCCAGCUCGAUACUUCAUGGUUGAUCCCGAGGUGGUUAAAUUCUAG